UAAUCGCACAGCGUCAAGCAGUGUUUGUCCUAAAAUAUUUUUCUCCAAAAAAGCUUUUUUCUUCUUUUCAAUAUCCCUCCAUUUCCGUUCAUUUAAUUCAUUCCUGGAAUCCUAACUUUAUCAGAAAACAAGUAGUAGUAGUAGUAGUAGUGGUGGUGGUAGUAGUAGUAAAACGCAAAAUUUUAAUAAUGUAACUUUUUGGCGAUUUCUCGAUCCUCGUUAUCUUUCCACGAUUUUCCACUUUUUUUUUUUUGUCCCUUAAAAAUCUUCGUUCAAUUUUAUUUAUAACUAAACAAAGCUCUCAAAAAUUAGUGCUGGGAAGUAAAGGAAAGUUCGCGCUCGAUGUUUGUUAUCUAAAACGACUCUAAUCAAGGUUGGAUUGCACCAAAUUAUGGACUGGAAGUGUUCAUCUUCUGCUGGUGCAUCUUCUCUUUGCCAGGCACCUUUGAAAGUCUUGAUUACAAUGCCGGAGAAGGCUCUGGUUGAGCAACAAAGGAGGGUUACAGAUCAUGCUGCUAAGACUAACGUAGAUAUAGACCUUAGAGAAAUUUACUUCUUGAUAAUGCAAUUUCUGUCAGCCGGCCCUUGCCAGAGAUCUUUUGAACAGUUAUCAAAUGAACUUUUGGAACAUCAGCUUUUACCUAGAAGAUAUCAUGCUUGGUUUUCGAGAACUGAUGCCAUAGGGAACAAUGAUGAUGAUGGCAUCUCCUUUCCUUUAAGUUAUAACAACUUAGUGGAGAGGUAUCCUCACAUUGAGAAGGAUCACUUGGAAAAGCUUCUGAAGCAACUGCUGUGUACACUGUGCAGCAAAGGUGUAGGAGAUCCCUGUGCUCCAAAUGCUGCUGACGUCCCUACACUGUUGGGAUCUGGUUCCUUUUCACUUUUGAAUUCUGAAAGGACUGUCAAAAACAGGCAGGGGAAGCCUAUACCUGCCUAUCUGCAUUGGCCUCAUAUGCAAGCUGAUCAAGUUCGGGGGCUAAGUAUAAGAGAAAUUGGGGGAGGUUUUGGGAAGCACCACCGAGCUCCCUCUGUUCGCUCUGCAUGCUAUGCUAUUGUUAAACCAUCUACCAUGGUGCAAAAGAUGCAGAAUAUAAAGAAGUUGAGGGGACAUCAGAAUGCUGUCUAUUGUGCCAUAUUUGAUUGCUCCGGGAGAUAUGUUAUUACCGGUUCAGAUGAUCGCCUUGUCAAAAUUUGGUCUAUGGAAACUGCAUUUUGCUUGGCCAGCUGCUGUGGACAUGAAGGUGACAUAGCGGACCUGGCUGUUAGUUCAAACAAUAUUUUGGUGGCAUCUGCAUCAAAUGAUUUUGUGAUUCGAGUUUGGCACUUGCCAGAUGGGUUGUCAGUUUCAGUUUUACAAGGGCAUACUGGAGCUGUAACUGCCAUUGCAUUUAGUCCCAGACCUGCCUUUGCUUUCCAGCUUUUAUCGUCAUCUGAUGAUGGGACUUCCCAAAUCUGGGAUGCCAGAUAUUCACAUUAUAGCCCAUGCAUAUACCUGCCCAAGCCUUCUGAAGCUGCUACUGGGAGGAGCAAUUUUCCAUCUAAUAAUGGACCUUCCUCAAGUAAUGUUCCACAAAACCAUCAAAUAUUAUGUUGUGCAUUCAAUGUCAAUGGGACAGUUUUUGUCACAGGUAGCUGUGACACUUUUUCCAGGGUCUGGAGUGCCUGUAAGCGCAGUACACAUGAUUCACAACAACCAGUUCAUGAGCUGGAUGUUUUGGCUGGCCAUGAAAAUGAUGUUAACUAAGUUCAGUUUAGUGGAUGUGCUGUACCUUCAAGAUCCUCAAUGUCUGAUACUACAAAGGAGGACAAUGUUUCAAAAUUUAAAAAUUCCUGGUUCUGUCAGGACAACAUUGUUACCUGUUCUUGUGAUGGAAGUGCAAUCAUCUGGAUUCCCAGAUCACGCAGAUCCCAUGGAAAAGUUGGACGUCGGACAAAGGCAUAUCAUCUGAAAGUUCCACCUCCACCACUACCUCCUCAACCUCUUCGAGGCGGGCCACGUCAGAGAUUUCUCCCAAGUCCUCGUGGUGUCAAUAUGAUUGUGUGGAGCCUGGAUAAUCAUUUUGUUCGGGCAGCUAUAAUGGAUUGCAGAAUAUGCGUUUGGAAUGCUGUUGAUGGUAGCUUGGUGCAUUCUUUAACUGGUCACGUUGCAUCCUCUUAUGUUUUGGAUGUCCAUCCUUUCAACCCUCGAAUUGCGAUGAGUGCUGGAUAUGAUGGAAAAACAAUAGUUUGGGAUAUAUGGGAGGGCAUACCCAUCCGGAUAUAUGAAAUUGGUCGCUUCAAGUUGGUUGAUGGGAAGUUUUCUCCGGAUGGGACAUCAAUUGUACUUUCAGAUGAAGUUGGGCAGAUAUAUUUGCUUAACACUGGCCAGGGUGAGUCUCAAAAGGAUGCCAAGUAUGAUCAGUUCUUUCUUGGGGACUAUCGCCCCCUUAUUUGGGAUUCUGCUGGAAAUGCUCUUGAUCAGGAGACACAGUUUACUCCGCAUCGUAGGAACAUGCAAGAUCUUAUUUGCAAUGCCAGCAUGAUUCCGUAUCCAGAACCUUAUCAGAGUAUGUACCAGAAGCGGCGACUUGGUGCGCUGGGCAUUGAGUGGCAUCCAUCUACCACAAAGUUUGCUAUUGGCCCGGAUAUCAGUUUUGGCCAGGAUUUUGAAAUGCCACCCUUGGAAGAUUUGGAAAGAGCGAUGGAACCACCACUGGAUUUUAUAGAUGCUAUGUAUUGGGAACCUGAAAAUGAAGUUAUCGGUGAUGACACUGAUUCGGAGUUCAAUGUUGCUGAGGAAUGUUCUACAGAAGGUGAACAGGGGGCAUUGUGCUCCAGCUCUUCUAGAGGCACUGAGAGCAGUGAAGAUGACAGUGAGGUUGAACGCAAUAAAAAAGAUGGCCUUCACAGAUCACGAAGAAGAAAAUAUAACUCUGAAGCUGAGUUGAAGACUUCAUCUGGGAGGCGAGUUAAAAAGAAAUAUUUGGAUGAGCAUGAUGGCUCUAUAUCUGGAACCAGUAGGACUAAAAAAUCAAAAAGUGGCGGAAAAGCUUCAAAGAGAAAGUCUUCCAAAAGAUAGUCAUUGAGACCUCAAGGAAUUGUGCGCAAUGCUCGAAGCAUGAUGUCUAGAAUCACUGGGUCAUCUACAGAUGGAAAUGAUGAAGUAGAAUCAGAAGGUGAUUCAUCUAAUAGUGAGUUAUCGUCUCAAGAUUCAAGUAUUGAAAGCAGUGAAAUUGACAGAAACAUGGACAACAUACAACUGAAGUCCAUGAAAGAGGAACAACAAUCUGAGGAUGUAGUGUGGUCUCAUGAACUCCCCAAAUCUAAUCAAAUAUUGAAAUCACAUGCCUCAGAGGCCACAAUAUUGAACAGUGGCAAUCAGAUCAAUUUACUGGACCAUUCAUCUAGACCUCGAGGAACUUUUGAUGAGAAUGGAAAUGCCUGCAUCAAAGAUCCUGGCUUACCCACUGCAGAUGCGGAGCUCUCUGACCAUAACAGGAUUGAUCUGGAUGAUACAAGGCAAUCUAUAAAUAAUGAGGAUUAUUUAGAGAAUUUUGUGGGGAACAAGGAGAACAAAAUCAGAUGGGGGGAGGUUAAAAUUCGGACAUCCGAGUGUUCAAGAUCAGGAGAUUUGGUGCCAACUGACGUCCCCAAUGAAAACAGGAUUACAGCUGUCAAUGGGGAAGAGGGACAGUUAGCGAUUCAUGCAUUAAAAGAUCUGGAGAGAGUGACAAUGGAAGAGUUUGCUCCUGAUGAGGUGCACAAGUCUUUAACAUCUGAGUUACUGUCUCUAGGUGACCAUCAACAGAACGGUACUGCUUCCGCAUCCCAUCGUAAUGUUAGUCUCAAAAAGGGAGAUAUAGAAUGGUCUAGCUGUGAUAAAUAUGGAACUCAUGACACAUCACUAACAGAUCAGGUUGGUGGUAUAAACCAAUCUCAUGAAUCAGAAGAGAUUACUCCACACAAAUUAGUGAAAUUAAGAAUAAGGACAAAAGCAAUUUCAGGGGACCUUGGAAGUCCUUCCAAACUAAAAUCCCUCACUGCAGAGAACGAUCGAACCUGCAGUGGAGGUGAUGUGAGGUCCAGAAACACUUUGUCUGUAGAUUACAAUCUGGAGUACAGCAUGCAAGAAAGACACGAAGGUUCAGACAGAUCAAGUUCUCUGCAAUUGUUGUACUCUGGUUUAAAGUUAAAUGUGAAUAACCGGGUAAACCAAUAUAAGGACACAAAUGAUUCUAUAGGUUUAAAUGCCAUCAAUGAUCAUGAUUCAGAAAUUGUUUUCACCGAAGCAGCAUCUGGUGCUGUUCGUAAAACACGACCCAUGAAGAUGAAGGCAACUUCACAGGAGCAGAAUGCUUGGAUCCAUAACUCUAAGGUAAGAGUAGAGCGUGCAUUAGCAGGGACAUCAGCAAAUGAUGAAAACUUCUCUGUGAAAGAAUACAAUGGCAUUGUAUCUGAAGAAUGGACGUCAAGUUCCAAAGUUGGAGAGAGAUCAAGAUCCACCAGAUCUAAGCGGGGUGGAGAUCAUCACAGUAACUUAAAAUUUUCAAGUGGAAGGAAAUCAAAUCCUGUUAGAAAAUUAUCAUGGUUGAUGCUGUCAGAGCAGGAGGAGGGUUAUCAUUACAUACCCCAGCUGGGUGAUGAAAUUGUAUAUUUCAGACAAGGGCAUGAAGAGUGCAUUGAAUCAGGUUGCUUAAGGGGGGCUGGUCCAUGGAGCUCUAGGGGAUACCUGAGUGCGGUGGAAAUUUGCAGGGUUGAAAACCUUGCUUAUUCCCACUUUCCAGGUUCUGGAGAGAGUUGCUGUAAAAUCACACUUAGAUUUGCAGAUAAUUCAUCACGUGCAUUUGGUGAUGCAUUCAUAUUGACCCUGCCUGAGUUGAUAGGUUUUCCUGAUUUUCUAACUGAGAAGACAAGAUAUGAUGCUGCAAUAAGGAGAGAAUGGACCCGUAGGGAUAAAUGCCUAGUAUGGUGGAAGAACGAUAAUGGAGAGGGUGGUAGUUGGUGGGAUGGUAGAAUUGUUGCUUGAGCCAAAUCUAUGGAUUUCCCUGAUAGUCCUUGGGAAAGAUAUGAAGUUAUUUACAAGGAUGGCUGCAAGUUUCGGCACAGUGCUUGGGAACUGCAUGAUCCUAACUUUCCAUGGGAAAACCCACAUAUUGAUUCUGAAAUCAGGGAUAAGCUACUGUCUUCUUUUGCUAAAUUGGAGCGUUCAGUUGGCAGAAAUCAGGAAUUUUAUGGAUUUCAGCAACUGAAUGAAGCUGCCCAGAAAUCAGAAUUCCUUAACAGGUUCGCUGUUCCAGUAUAUCCCGAAUUGAUCCGGCUUAGGUUAGAGAACAACUAUUAUCGAACCUUGGAAGCAGUGAAGCAUGACAUAAACAUAAUGCUUUCAAAUGCAGAGAGUUAUUUAAGUGGUCACCUAUCUUCCAAGAUGAGGCGCCUAUCAGACUGGUUUACAAAGACAUUGUCAAGGUUGCAGGAAACUGUAUAGAUAGCCUUUUUUUUCUUUUCUUUUUUCAGUCCAAUUUUGUAAAACAAACAAUUUUUAGGCAUUAUUGGACACUGACAAAGGUAUUAUUUUAAGGCAUAAAAUGAUU